UGGGCGUGGCAUAGAACUGCACCUGUGUGCAGCGGUAACUACAGGUCGGGUGGGCGAGGCUGUGCGGCGUGUGGGCGUGGUACUAACCGGGCGACCGCGGCAGCACUGGGUGACAGCCGGUAGCUCUCGGGCAGUGUCUGGCGUCUCGAGAUCCCAGGAGCAGGCUUUGGGGGUAGACAUGGUUUCCAUGGACACAGGCAUAUAACCUAUUCCUGCAUGUUCACUAAAUGGAUUCCAAGCACAUCAAAGAAGAGGCUCCUACUUCCCAGCCAACGUGGACUGGAGUCUGUAACUGGGAGUCUGUCCUCACCACCGUGUCGGCGCCAUCUCUGGAUUCUGACGAAGGCUCCCUGUCUGACUGUGAGUUGGAAGAUGUGAAGAUCUUUCAGAGAGAGGACUGCUCUAUACUUGAUUUACCUGAGGAACUCUUCUAUGAAGAACAGGAAUGUAUGAAUAAGGUUGUGGCUGUACCAGACACUCCUCCGACAGGAGACUACAUAGUGGAAAAGUGCAGUAUUAAGUCCCAGGUGACAUCAGAUGUUUCCAGACUUAUACCAGAUAGCGAAGCCAGUCCAACUACAUCCCAUCUUAAAACUGAUGCAAAGCCAGAAGACGCAGCCAGAGAUGUUCUAUCAGAGAGAAAAACUGAGAUCAAGGUUGAUGAAUGUGAUCGCUUGCAUAGACUUAAGCAAUCUGCGAGCAAUCAUUUUACUGCGCAGAAUCAUGUGCUGGAAGAUAGAGGAUCUAGUGACCAGCAUGAAAUUCCACUGAAUGGUCAGCUGGAAUUGGAACCAAUCCAGCUCUCAAUGCCGUCCCUGAAGCUGACAGACCAGUGGGACCUGAACUUGCUCCUUCAGCGACUGACAGAGGAGGGAAUAGUGACAGAAGUAGUAAAGGAGCCACUUUCCGUACUUCCUAUAGAGAACAGUUCCAGGAAGCGACAGGAUCAGGUCAUGGAGCAGUUGAUGGAAUUAAGCGUCAGACAGUCACAGACCGUGACUCCUGGUCAGGAUCUGACAGAAGGGCGCAGAAUACUCAGUCACAGACCAGGUCUUCUCCAAGCAGAAACACGCCUGUGUCUUAGUAAUAGACACUCAGAAAAUAUCCCCACUGUCGUCAUAGACCUGAGACCUUCAUCAUCUAAUAAAAGCUUAAAGCCUGGAGCAGAAACACCAACACAGGACAAUCUGGAAACAAAAGACUUGCCACAGGACAGGCCAGAACAUACAGGUAAAAGCAUAUUACUGCGCCAGCUUCGCCACAUCAAGACGCCGCCAUGUUCAAACUCUCCGCACCACAGUGCACAGAAGCCUACCAAUAGCGGGUGUGGACACGUGGACAGGACUAUACCCCAUCAGACCAGAAGAAUACGGAGACUGAGGAACAGGAUGAAUGUCAGUCAGGGAACCCCCAUAAUUGAGGAAGGCAAGCAGGAACAAGAGGAUGGUUUUACAGAACAAGAAAAUACAGAGGAAGCCAGUAAAAGCAGCCAGGACUCCCCUGAUAAAGUCCAGAGCAACUGCAGCACGGAUGAGCAGGCCCCGAAGGACAAGCAGGAAAAGGAAAGAAGAAGGAGACAGAGCAUGCACACCCAGCUGGACGGAAUGAAACCUCAAAACUCUGUCGACGGCCGGCAGCCAAUGGCAGAACAAACACCAGUUCUGUUCCAUCCGGAAGCUUCAUACUGCCCAGAGAUAGACUCCCUACCAGUGAGAAGUGAGGGUGAGAGGCUACUCCUCACUGUACGUCUGUCCAGUUGUGGUCAGGUUAUUAUACCAGGACUACACAGCAGUCGCUGUCCAGUGUCCGCUCUCUCCAUGGCCAAUACCUACCACGCGUUGCUGGUCUGGUUCCUCUCCUUGGUGUCACCAUUAAACCCUCACAGUGAGGGCACUGCCCCUUUCCAGGUACUGGGGCUUCAGCAAGUGUGGCGAGAGGAAGGACUGGCGUUGUACGUGUGUAUCUCCCCCCAUGGUGUACCAGUGCAGAGUACUCCCAAGGCCCGAAAACACAAGGGCAAAGACGACCAUCGAGGGACAUCAAGUUUUUACCAGCAGACGUCUCUGUUCCUGUCACAUAACACCCUACACAACAUCACCUGGUGGAGCGAGGCGGUAAUACAGCAGCUGCUGGGACAGCUUUUCCCAUUGAACCUAGAUGUCUCGGCCAUCAAACUGAGCAGCAUAGUAAUGUUGAAUCCUGACCCACAGGCAGUGGAGAAAGUUUUCUCUUUAUCGUCUGGAUUCUUCUGGCAAACACUGGAGACUGAGGAGAGGUUGAGUCCACUUUCCCCCGACAUCCUCAUGGAUAGUGAGAUGGAGGUGCUCCCUGUCACGUUAUUUGACACUCUUCUGCGCGAUCCCGUCGCGUUUCACCAUGCUUUACACCUGAUUCUCACAGCAGGGCUGGAUGUGUGUGGAUUAAGACUGCUGUACCCACAAGCCUCUACUCAACAAUUAAAAAUAGUCUCCCUACCUCCUUUUAUUUCUGGAGGGGAUGCCAAUAACCCACCAGUCCUGAUUUUGGUCUUGCGUGGACACCAUGCAAGUGAGAUAUGGGGGAACAUUUCAGGCCCUAGUGACCCCCAGCUUGCCCGUCUGACAGACCCAAACUCAAUAAAUGCCCUGUAUGGUCACACAAGAGAGGAUACCCUCCUGUAUUACCCCCGAACCUCAGGACGCAUAUGGAGGGAUCUCAGCUUGUGGUUUGGGGGAAGGAUACCCAGUAAUGGGAACUUAAAGAUUGGCAUUCAGAAUCCACCAAAGAAGAGCACACAACCCAGAUCCCAGAGCCCCACAGAAAAGUGCCUGCCCCCUGCACUUCUGACAGCCACCACUAGGGGAGAUGUGUUUCUCGCGGUCUCACCUGUCGUACCACCAUGUGCUAUUGGGGACAUUAUCGACACAUGCUGUCAGCGAGGAUUUGCCCUGCAUGGCGUCCGUAAUAUCCGUUUCUCCGCUAAACGAGCUGCCAUGUUGAACAUGUCUCCAUCACAGCUGAAAGUCUUCUGCCAAAAUAUGCCAUCCACCCAACCGCAGCUUGAGCCCUGCACGUUCAUACCUGGGCCACGCCUCCACAGCUUGCUCCUCCUCCUACGGAAGGAGAAUGCAGCACAUCACACACCGGCUCUCCUCCACGGACUAAUGAAUGAACUGGCUGAGCAGGGACUCCUGGGUGUCAUCCGGACAAACCUAUGUCAUCUUGGUGAUCUAAAUCCCAACUUGUGUUUCCAUGCAGCACCUUACUCUGACAGUCUGCUGCAGGGCCUGGGCGGAAAUUUACACGCUGUGCCCGACCCCAGCUCUGUGGUGCUGAACUUGCUCUCCAGGCAGCCUUUCACCACUGACCCCGAAGUUGAGCAAGUUGUGAUCCUGACCAUGAGUGGGGUGCAGACCCUGCUAAGAGCUGGACAGUUCCUGCGCCAGAUCCUCAGACCACAGCCCAGAAAACAAGAGGAAAACUCAGCAGGUUCUGGAGUUCAAAGCUUCGAAGUCCUGGGGGUGAAGUGGCUGCCUUGCCUGAGUCGGCUUCAAGCAAAGGAAAUUACGCCGUAUGAGGUGGGAGAUCGGCCCUGGCAGGCAAGUGUGGACCAGCUGACCUCUACUCCGGCUCUGGUGUGUGCCUUGCGCCAAGUCCACGCCUUCACCACCCUGGCCAAUGCUAUCAGAGAGCUUGUUCCCACCACAGGAAAACUGCAAGCCCAGCUCAUUAUGUCUGCAACACCUGAAAUUGCUUUUCGACAGGCGGCCCUAAUUUUCACAGACUGGGACUUGGUUUCUGAUCCACAAAGCCGAUCAGUGCUAAAGUACAUCGCUCCUCCUGGAAUCCACUGCCAGCCUGCAGGCGGAGGAGAUCACAGGGGACAGACUGAGUCGAUAUUUGGUUACAUGCUGUUAGGCCCACCAUUGCUCUACACAGUUCUCAUCCUCAAACCAGGAGGCUGGAGCAGGAACUUGGGGAAGAUACUGCACAAAAUUGGAAUGCAGAGGUUUGUCUUGGUGGGACUGAAGCUGGUCACCCUGACAACGGAAGAUUCAUUAAAUAUAAUCCCCCCCGAGGUUAAACAGAACAAAGUUCUGUGCCAGUCACAUUGUGAUUACCUGACCUCUGCCCCCUGCCUCAUCCUGUGCCUCCGGAGACCCAACUCCAUUCUCAGGCUUCUAGAACUCAUGGGCCCGGAUGAGCCGCAUCAAUGUAAAGCUCAAGACCAAUUCCUGUGGAGAGCCCAGUAUGGCCUCAGUGCUGUGCAGAAUGGGAUGUACGUGUCGGACUGGGGCAUGAAGGCCCAACAGGGGGAUGCUGCUGUAGGGACCAGUGACGUGCGGUGGGGUGAGGCAGGUUCCACAUCUUACCAGGCCGCAGUGCGAGAUAUAAAGCAUUUUUUCCCCGAAGGGCUCAUCUGCGAUCAGCAGUCUGUUGUGCUAGAAGCUGAACAGAUCUCCAGACUGACACAAGAUGUCUUGUUCAGCAGCAGAACGCAGCGGCAGACACGGAAGACCCUCCUGUGCCAGCAGGGACAAUCACAGCGUAUAGAUCUGCCGUUUACUAGCGCCUUGUGCCAGACAACAUGCCUGCUGUUCCCUUCACGGACUCUAGGUGGCUCUUCACCAACGUACAUCCAGGGACUAGAGCAGCUGAUUGACAAAGCGUUCCUUGUCACAGGAGCACGGCUCACAGUAUUUGACCAAUCACAAGCUCAGAUUGUUGCAGAGUUAUACAGCCUAAAGAAUAGCCUCUCAGCUGAGUUCAAGGUUCUAAUUGAGGGCCCCUGUCUGGUAAUAGCUGCCCAGCGGGACAAUGCAGUAACCUGUUUCCACUCACUAAUGGGCAGUGAUAACUUGCAGAAUGGACAGAACUUUGUAGAAUUAGUCCUGAGUCCUCAGACUCAGGCCCAAGCCGACAAGAUGAUCAGCUGCUUUUUUGAUUCACUGACCCCUGACAGCAUUCACCAAAUUGUGCCUCGGGCCUCCUGAGAAAAGGAGGUACACGUCCCUUUCAUCAUCCCUCCAAUGACGAGACUCAAUGUCAUCCUGAUAUUUUAUGCAGGAGAGGUGCAUGAAGAGUUUAACCCAUCCGACUCUCGCCAGGUUUUCAUAUACAGACAACAAAGGCUUAUCUGGCACGGAUGAUGACGAUACCAGAGUUAUCUUUUAUAAGAACUGUUGGACUCCUGUCCUCACCACUUCUGUCUUCAUCUCUAGUGACCACCUGGACCUUCCGCUUAGCUUGAUCGAUCUCAUGGCCUGAAUGCUCUUUUACGUAAGAGAGUUCUCACCAACUCAAGCCCUGGAGUGCGGAGGCAUACUACAGUCCCUGAGAUGCCAGCGCUAUAAAUGUGUCUUCUCCCAGAGAGGUCAUGCCCAGUUUCUGUUCCUGUUCUUUAAGGUGGCUCAUGGCAGUUUGGUGUAAUGACUUUCGCUGUAAUAAAAGAGACCAGUGGGGGUCUUGUAAAACA